UCUCUGUGAAUGAUACACAGAAUUAUGUGUGUUUACCUGAGGCUACAGAUCAAAAAGAAAUAAAGACAAUAUAUGGCAAAAUAGAAGAGUCUCCUGAAAAGCCUUCUGACUUUGAGCCUGCCAUUGAAAUACAAAACUCUGUCCCAAAUAAAAGCUUAGAAUGGAAGAAUAAACAAACAUUGAGAGCAGAUUCGACUAGCCUAUCAAAAAUGUUGGAUGCAGUUCCUUCUUGUGAAAGAGCACGGGAACUUAAAAAAGAUCACUGUGAACAACUUACAAGAAAACUGGAAAAAAUGAAAAACAAGUUUUGUGUACUACAAAAGGAACUAUCAGAAGCAAAAGAAAUAAAAUCACGGUUAGAGAACCAAAAAGUUAAAUGGGAACAAGAGCUCUGCAGUGCGAGAUUGGCUUUAAAUCAAGAAGAAGAGAAGAGAAGAAAUGUCGAUAUAUUAAAUGAAAAAAUUAGGGAAGAAUUAAGAAGACUCAAAGAGCAACAUAGGAAUGAGUUAGAAGUGAAACAACUUUCACAGGCUCUCAGGAUACAAGAUAUGGAAUUGAAGAGUGUAACAAGUAAUUUGAAUCAGGUUUCUCACCCUCAUGAAAAUGACAAUGCUCUCUUUUAUGAAAAUUGCAUGUUGAAAAAGGAAAUUGCCAUGCUAAAACUGGAAAUAGACACACUAAAACAUCAACACCAGGAGAAGGAAAAUAAAUACCUUGAGGACAUUAAGAUUUUACAAGAAAAGAAUGCUGACCUUCAAAUGACCCUAAAACUGAAAGAGAAAACAUUAACAAAAAGGUCAUCUCAGUAUAGUGGGCAGCUUAAAGUUCUGAUAGCAGAGAACACAAUGCUGACUUCUAAAUUGAAGGAAAAACAAGACAAAGAAAUACUGGAGACAGAAAUUGAAUCAUACCAUCCUAGACUGGCUUCUGCUUUGCAAGACCAUGAUCAAAGUGUGACAUCAAGAAAAAAACAAGAACUUGCUUUCCACAGUGCAGGAGAUGCUCAUUUGCAAGGAAAAAUGAAUGUUGAUGUGCGUAAUACAAUAUGUAACAAUGAGAUGCUCCAUCAACCACUUUGUGAAGCUCAAAGGAAAUCCAAAAACCUAAAAUUUAAUCUCAAUUAUGCAGGAGAUGCUCUAAGAGAAAAUACAUUGGUUUCAGAACAUGCACAAAGAGACUGCCGUGAAACACAGUGUCAAAUGAAGAAAGCUGAACACAUGUAUCAAAACAAACAAGAUAAUGUGGACAAACACACUGAACAGCAGCAGUCUCUGAAGCAGAAAUUAUUUCAACUACAAAGCAAAAGUAUGUGGCUUCGACAGCAAUUAGUUCAUGCAUGUGAGAAAGCUAACAAAAGCAAGAUAACAAUUAAUAUUCAGUUUCUUGAGACGAAAAUGCAACAUCAUCUCCUAAAAGAGAAAAAUGAGGAGGAUUUAAUUACAGUAACAAUUUAAAAGAAUGUACAGAUCAAUGUGAAAAAGAGAAAGCAGAAACAGAAGUCAUUGUGAGACAAAAAGAAAAUUGACUGAUCUCAAUAAACUGUGUGUGUCUGAGGCUUCACUAGAGGUUACAUCACAUUCUUCCUCUCUGAGACGUCAAUAGAGGCUACAUCACGUUAUCACAUUAAUCUCAAAGAUGAGAUACAGAAUUUAUUGAAGAAAUGAUUUCAAAUAAAAAAUCAAACUGAAGAUAGAAAAGAGAAAUUAAACCAAUGCAUUGACUUCACGCAGUCUCUGGAGCAUAAUUUGGAUCAAUAAAGAAAGAAAAAAAUGAAUUAGGAAAAGAAAUAACUGGAACUCAUGAGAGAUAAGCAGAGACCAGUAAGAAACUUGUGGAGAAACAACAGACCAGAUCUUUGUUCACAACUCAUGCUACGAGGCCAGUCCUAGAGUCACCUUGUGUUGGAAAUCCUAACAACAGUUUGUGUCAACAGAAAACUUUAGAAGAAAAAUUUAUGAUUUCUUCCUGAAGCCUAUAGACAUAAAAUAACAGUAUGAGAAACUACGUGUUCAAGCAUUCCAUGUAAAGCUACACAGGGUUCCCAUCUACCCUGAUGAUGCAACAGACAUCUUUCAAUCCAAC